AUGAAGUUCCUCGCAUCCCUUCUUCUGCUGGCCACCUCUGCCAUUGCAGCUCCUGUCGCUACUACCGCCAAGCGACAGGAAUCGCAGCACUUCCACCUGAAGUCUACCGGCGCCACAAAUGCAGAUCACAACAACCUAUAUGUCUACUCCUACCACACGGGCGCAGGUCUCAGCGACGCCGUGCUUACCAACGAUGUCAGCAUAGCCAGUUCUAUCUAUCUGAAUGGGACGAACGCACUCGUUGAUUUGGGGACUGAAUUCACUUGGGGACUGAUCGCCACUGGCGACACCAAUUAUGCUUCUUGGGAACCUAUCGUUAUCAACGCCGGCAGCGGCGGCAGCGAAGGGUACUCCAUCAACGGCGACGACUUCCAAUGGUCGGAAAACAACGGCUUCGGUGGAUGGCUCGUCUGUGAUUGGUACCACAAUGCGCCCCAGCUAUUCUACUUGAACCACUACAGAACCGCCACCAUCCCCUCCAGCUGCUCCCAGGUCCAGAUGAAGACCGAAUACAUCUAG